AUGGCGAAGGCCAUCAUCUCGUCGGUCCUGGAGGCGCAGCUGGGCAAGUACGUGGCCGGCCUGCGCAGCGACUCGCUGGUCGUGGGGCUCUGGAGCGGCGAGCUGGAGCUGCGCGACCUGGCGCUCAAGCCGCACGCGCUGGCCGAGCUGCAGCUGCCCGUGGCCGUGGCCAGCGGCAGCGUAGGCCGCGUGCUGGUGCGCGUGCCCUGGAACCAGCUGGGCAGCGCUAGCGUGACCAUCACGCUCGAGGGCGUGUCGGCGCUCGUCGUGCCCAACACGGAGCGGCCCAGCGCGGCCGAGCUGCUGCAGGCCAAGAAGAACCAGCUGGAGCGGCGCGAGCUGCUGCGUCAGCACCGCCGCUUCGCCGCGCGCGUCGGCCCGGGCCAGGAGCUGCACGAGCAGCAGAAGCCCGAGGAGGACGAGGGCACCUUCGUCUCGAGACUCACGGCGCGCAUCGUGGCCAACCUGCAGGUGACGCUGCGGGACGUGCACCUGCGCUACGAGGACGCCGUGGCCAACCCGGAGGCGCCGUUCGCCUGCGGCCUGAUGCUCGAGCGGUUCCGCUACGUUACGACGGACGAGGAGGGACGCGAGGCCUUCGUGGACCAGGCCACGGUGCACAGCGCCUUCACGUACAAGAAGAUCGAGCUCUCGCAGUUCGGCAUGUACUGGGACCGUCUGGACGUUAACGACAAGGCCGCGAGGCUCGAGACAAGAGAAGAUGUGCCUCAGGCCAUGCGGGCCAUGGUGCAGGAGCUAAGUGGCCAGCAAGAAGACACCCGGGUCGACAGCAGCAGGAGGUGGCUGCUGCGCCCGUGCUCGCUGGGCGUGCAGCUCACCAAGAACGAAAGCACGGACUAUUCGGCGGUGGCCAAGUACACGGUGGAAGCGGAGAUGGGCGCGCUGCAGGCCAGCUUGACGCGCGAGCAGUACGAGGACGUGCUGUUUCUGCAGCGAGCUUUCUUGGGGCGGAGAGCGGUGGAGGCCCAUUUUGCGCUGGCCCGGGGCCGCCCGCUGCACGCACCGGGCGCGCGCCCUCGUGAGUGGUGGGACUACGCUACGCGCCUGGUGCUGGAGCAGCGCAGGGCAAAGCUUCGAAGACAAGCGGCCAAUGACAAGAACAAGGAGGCCAGCGCACACCACCCGCAUCGCCGACGACCGCAUCACCGCAAAAUGCGCUGGUCGUCGGUACACAAGGCGCUGCUGGAGCAACAACUGUACGUGGAGGCUUUCAGGACGGAGCUGCGCAACGGUGCGCCAUUGGACCCCUCGACGAGACAGGGCAAGUUCAAGCAGCGGUAUGAAGAAAUAUACCCGCUGGAUGUGGUGCUGCUGUUACGCGACGUUGCCGAAGACGCCGAGGAGCGUGCCAAUGAAGAAGCUAAAGCGUCAGCCAAAGAACACGCUAAAACACAGGCGGCUCAAGGCGGUGGUGGUUCGUGGUACUCGUACUUCUUCGGCGGUGAAACUGAAUCUGCCUCCGCGUCAAGUGAAGCAGCAGAGGAGCACGUUUUGUCCGCUGAGGGGCGGGAAAAUUUACGCGAGGCUUACAAUGACGCUGUGGAGAAGGCUAGCAACGCACACGAAGUGCCGAUGGGGUGCAACAUGGCGUCAGUGCAGCUUCAGCUGACGAAUGGCUCGAUAGGUCUGUAUCAAUCCAAUGCACACGAGAGCCCAUUCGUGACUGGAAUGCUGAGUGGCUCGCUAGCUGUGAACAUUCAACCGGAAAACGAGUGGGACGCGAGCUUCCAAGUGCAGCACUUCGACAUCUUUAACGGACUCGCGCGCGAUUCCCGCUUUCACUCGUUCUGUAGCCCGUCGUCGUCGCUGUCGCCGAGUGAAGACCCGAGUAGGCCCUGCGUCAGUAUCGACGUGAGUCGUCGGGCGGUGCUACAGACUCAACUGCAGGGUGACGACGACGUGGAAGCUACACUAAAGGUCCGCGUCCGCAGUGAGCCUGUCCGAAUGAUGGUUGAUCCGUCCUUCGUGAUGUUCUUGCACGCUUUCUUCGUGAGUCUGCUACCAGAGAAACAGCUAGAGAGGGUCUGGCAGUUUGCUACGUCUUCUGUUGCGGACUGGAUGUUUACUGAUGACUCUGCGGACGAGAGGAAGCUGAUCGAGUCAUCAAACACGAGUGCGGAGAAAGAGGCCGAGGAAGCGGAGCUUAUGCGCUCGCUGGAGAGAGCUGAAGGUCGCGUCGCCUACGACGUCCUGCUAGACAUGGAAGCUCCUGUGCUUAUCCUCCCGGAAAACGUCGGUGAGCCGACUGGCGCCGUUCUAGUUGUGGAUCUCGGCCGGUUGAGCUUUCGCAACGACGAACAGGUAACAGCUAUCGACACGCCUUUGGAGGUGGGGCUGGAACCGGCUGGAGAAGACCCGCGUCGUCUGCAUUGGCGGCUAGACGUCACCCAGAUCCAUGUUUUACUCGGACGCCAGGAGCAAUUGGUGGACUGGACUGACGAAGAACUCCGCGGCUUUACCAAGAUCGUGAAGGAGCUGUCGGUUGAAUUUUCACUCCACACUCAGGCGGCGACUUCACGGCUCAAGCUUCCUUCACGUACCGGGCGGAAAAAUGUGGAGGCGAAGCCGCUGCCGCAAGUGGGCGUCUACGCUGCCAUCCCAAAUAUCUCGGUAUGCCUAGUGGAGGAGCAGCUCGUGGCGCUGGGCCAGAUCCAUUCGUCCAUAGUUGCACAAGCAGCGAUCAUUGCCCGAGAUAAUGAUCAGGAGAGUGGCGACGAAGAGAGUGCGACGGAGUCUGAAAGCACGAACGAUGAAGGUACGAGCAAUGCCACAGUCGUUCCCAUUCAUAACGUUGAGGAGAAAUUCCUGCUGGAGAUGGAGCUGUCGCUUGGAUGUGUAGAGCUCAACUUGCGUGAGUCGGUUGCCAAGGACGCGUUUAUCUUGCGGGCCUCGCAAACAUCCUUCUCGAUGGAGGCAUACUCAACCCACCAAGACUUCCACGCACGACUGAAGGCCCUAGUGAUGGAGGAUAAACUGUAUUCUGCUGAGUCUCGUUACUACAAACUCAUAUCUACCGGCGAAGAUGACGCAGGCGAUACCCCACACCUGAUCGCUAUCGACAUCACGGCGUAUUCGCAGGACAACGGAGCAUCGAGAAUACAAGAAAGUGGUCAGGCUUCGCAACUGGAGGCUGAUGUGCAGUUUAACGUGCUGCAUCUGCAAUGGAACCCGUCGUCUGUGGCGCUGUUCUACCGCAUCAUAUCCGCGUAUGCAUCUGCCAUUCAGUCUCACGACGACGACCUCCCGUCUGAAGAUGCCACGCUGCCGCGAAGGUUGGCUGCAGAGAAGGAGACUACACAGGAGCCACGUCCUGUUGGUGGCCACAAGAAGGAGGCUGCCGCGUUAACCAGUCUGCGGUCUAGAGGAAAGCCUCUCGUUGUGGUACGCGCGUCGCUGGUACAAUUCAGUCUGACGUUCAACAAGGAUCAGCUUGAUCGCCAGCUCGCGCGUCUAGACAUCAGUAACGCUGCUGUCAACUAUACGAGCUACGAUAUAGAAGGCCAAAGCUCCGCUGACGAGGACACAUUCGAGGUUACUGGUCAUGUGGGGAACUUCGUGGGGACUGACUUGAGUACGUCGAAGCAUCCGUUGUACUCGCCAUUACUGGGUCUGGACGAGGAGGAAGCUCGGCGCCGCGUUGCCUCUGGGAUGGAUUCAGAGGCGCUGCUGACGUUCGCGUUUGUGCGUGACCCCAAGACGAGCGACAAGAGCUCUCUGCGUCUCGCAUUCAAGCCGAUCCGGGGUGUUUACUACCAUCAGCAGGUCUUGGAGCUGGUGGACUUUGUGCUUGAAGGGGUUCUUGGCGCGAUGCUACUACUGCGCAAGGAUGAGGCUAGCGUUGUGCUAGACUUGACCGUUGAGAAGCCCACCCUGAUUCUUCCUCUAAGCUUAGAGGAUUCCCCCCACGCCAAGGUCACCGCGGACAUGCUGCGGCUCGUCCACUUUCCGUCUAGUGCAGUGCAUUACGAAGGGCCACCUGGAGCAAGAACCAAGCGUGUUGUCCACGACGAACCGCUGCCGCGUGCCAUGGUGCGAAGAUCCGACGCCGAAGGAGGCGGCGUCUCGUUGCGAGUAGACUGCAAAGACCUCUUCCUAGAGCAAGUUCGAAUCUUCUGCACGACUACGAGUGCAGGCAGGCGAGCCAAGAGCGCGGGCGAAGGGCCCAUGUAUGAAGAUUUACUACCCAAGCCUGCAGAUCUGAAGAUCAGCAUUGAGGACCUCGUGUCGUCGAGUAUUUCCUUAGGUGACGAGGAGACAGUGGGCGAUAGCGGCGAAACGAGGACGGCGUUCCUUCCGCGAAUCACGGUGGAUUCGGUGCUUCCUCCGUUAGAGGCCCACAUCUCACGCACGAGCUACCUGGGCAUCGUCGCGCUCAUCUUGGAGAAUUUUGGUGCCGAUGCGCUGCAGAAUGCACCGACAGCCGCAGCUCCUCUCGGCAAGGCAAGCAGCGCUUCUCGACUCCUAAGCAGGAGAAGGAGUAGCGCUGAUAUCGGAGAGCUUCCGUCCUUGCGCCCAACCGUGACGUACACGUACCUUCAACCGGACGCAGAUGAAGCUACGCUUCAGCCGGUGCAUCUUGGUGCGUUCAGCGCUCGUGAUCUGGUGGGGAAUUACAAAACCUCAUCUGGCGGCGCUGAAGGUGGCACAAUGCUGAUCUCACCGCGCCCAUUGGAGAUACACUACACGUGGGACGACGCUGCGCUGACCGGCGAGCUGGACUUGGCUUUCUCUGAGGUCACGGGCACUGUGAUCCCGGAAGCUCUACUAGCGCUUACCGGCUUCUUUGCGCUGCCUUCAAGACCGAGUCAACCCGAAAAGCCUCCCAGUUCUGGCUCAGUGAAGGAUCUAGUGCGAUCGCAGACGCCAGUGCCACCGCCGUCGCCGUCGUUAUUGACGCGGCGCGAAAGUAUCUCGGACAUUCUUCGCGACGGGAAGGAACCAGAACUGACGAUUACUGUUCGUGCGACGGCCAAGCAAGUUGGCGUGGCGGUACCACGCGAUUGUUACGACCCAGAGAGUCCGCGCGUAGCGUUUGCCGGUGAUUUCGCGCUUGAAUUCAAGUGGAAACCGCACCCGGACGAUAAGAAGGGGAAGGCAGACGACGACCUUGACAUUCAGAGCAGCAUUCUCGCGGACGCAAGGAAUAUGGAGAUCGUGCUGGAGAACGCCAGGCGCCCAGGCUGCUGCGUGGCGUCUCCCUCGUCCAGCACGCGAUGGGAUGCCAUCGAUGUUGCGCCGCUGAUUCAGUUGCUGGAGCCGUGCGAUUUGCACGUUGAAGUGAGCGACCUGUUCCCGCACGCCGGCCAGAGGCAGCAGAUUGUGGCGCUGAGCUUCACUCCGAUUGAAGUGUUUGUGUCCUAUGACGACGCGUGCAUGGCGAUGGAUACGAUGGAGGCAUUCAACGAAGCUAUCGUGCUGCACGAAGCACGCCACAGCACCGCAGAUCUCCGUCGGCCGUCACGUAUUGAUAGCCCAACUUCCCAUGCAUUGACGAGAUCACGCACCUCGUCGAAGAGCAUCGUGGUCGAGACGGCUACGGAGGAGGAAAUCCACCGAUACUUUACGUGUGAACUACCGUCCGUGAGUCUGACGCUGAUCAACGACUGCGACGGAUGUGAUAUGGGGCUCGCACAGCUGCAAGUCGAGCGCUGCCACCUCUUCUUGAACGUCACGUACACUGCGCAACUGGAGGAGAGCGACGACGCGCCCGUGUCCUUUGUCGAGCUGGAUGUGUCUGUUACCCCACUGACGACAAGCAUUUCUGGAGGAGGAAACUUGGUGGUGCUCAUGUCGUACUACAACCCGGACACGCGCGAUUGGCACCCCAUGUGUACCGAGUGGGCUCUCGAUGCGUCGGUGCAGGGCUCGAUUUCGGGCGCGAGCGAGCUGCACGUUAUUCUCACGGCUUCUCAAGCAUUGGACCUCACUGUCACACAUGGAUUACUGGAGGUCGUGGCGUCUGUGGGCGGCGCGUGGAAACGUCGUGCGGCUAUGGGCACUGCCAAGGUGCAGUCGGACGAGAGGGAAGAUGAAGACGUUGAGCGGCGGAAGAUGGCGCCGUGUGUGAUCCGUAACGAGACGGGGCUGCCACUCAGUUUCUGGCUGACGAAUGGGUCCUUCACGACAGAGCCACAAGUGGUGUCAACAGGAAGCCUGGCUGACGUUCGGUAUCUCCACGCACCAGGACGAGGGCGUGGAGUCGUACGGAGGUAUGCAUCGGGUGACAGGGAUGCUGCCAACCUACGACUCUGUUUGCAGCUGAUGGAUGCGAAGAGCUCGGAGGACAGUGCAGCGCGAUUCCAAGCCGUUCAAGGGCUCAUUUUCGAGCAGUUGGGUGCGCGCACGUUUCCUUUGGUGGACACCCACGGGCAGCGCACCAAUUUCACGCUGAGUUUGUCGGCGCAGCUCGUUGAAGGCCGCAUUUUGCUGGUUGUCUCGUCCCCUAUCAAGCUUGUAAACAGACUCACGUCUGGUCGUCCCGUGGCGCUCCUGGUGAACGACCCGACAUGGCACACACCCGUCGAGAUUGGCGUUCUUCGAGCAAACCAGGAAUCUGCCGUUCCAGUUCUGCUGUCUUUGGCUUCGGAGCUGCGCGUGCGGCCUGUGGGGAACGGCGCUACAUAUUCUUGGAGCGCUCCUAUCCCAGUGCAGACACGGUCCGCUGUGGAGCUUAAAGUGGAGGCCGCCGUAUCAUCCACCUCUGCCUCGCGUGAGAGCUCGAGCCAUGCUGGGGACGGUCGAAGCGCAGUGUAUUGCGUCUCCAUGUCAAGUGAUAAAGAGCUUCGUGCUGUGUCUUUCGCGGAACCGCUUGUAUUGGUGAACAAGCUUCCAGUCCCGCUAACCUUCCGUUUGCGUUCUGCCUACAGUUCUGCGUACGGAUCUGGGUCGAGCGAUAGCCCAUCGAAGCCCGAGACGAUCGCUGUCGGAGCCAAAACCAGCAUCUGGUGGACGGAUAUCGCGCAGCGACCGCUCUUUCAACUACUAGUUGAGGGCUGCACCAGUCCGUCCAAGUGGCUGGAGCUCGUGCCUCGAGGAACCGCCAGCGGUGCCGUACUAUCGGUACAGCUUACUCGGGUCGACGAUGGACGUCCUUUCCGACUGCUUCUGCGUGUGGUGGGGGGCGACCACGCUGCCCGCCCUGUGCGCGUGGAGAUUUUGGCUGAGGUCUGGGUUAUCAACCGUUCCGGGCUGGAGUUGGUCUACGGCACUGCUGCAGAUAGUGAAGCCUACAUUCCUCCACGCGCGGCACGAGCCCAGGUAGGCAACGCUCAGAUCAGCGCGUACUCGAGCGAUAACAGUGGAAAGGUCCCCGUGGUUCGAAUCGGUUUGCGUGGCUGCAACUGGUCCGCGCGAUUUGAAGCGGACCCUAGAAGACUCAGCUGGCAGGACGAGUGCAUCACGCUUCGGUCCGCAGGAAGCAGUGCAUCGUCUGGCGGAGUUCUGUACGAGUUGGGCGUGUCAGCGGAUUACGCGACCCGGCACUUCGGCUCUGUCACGACGCUUGUGAGCGUCAUCCCUCGCUACCUGAUCCUCAAUCGCUCAUCGCACACGCUGUUACUUCUUGAAGCUCCUAACCGCCAGCACCAACGUCUUGAAGACUCGAGCAACGACAAUGUUGCGCACCACGUACUGGGAGCCGGGGAUAUGUAUGCUCUUUACUGGGUAGGUGGAACGCGCGCCCCACUACGUGCAUCAGUGUUGCCCGACGAUGACGCGCCGGGUACGUUCUGUUGUGAUGGCUAUGACUGGAGUGCUGCAUUUGCUGUCGACCGUGUGGCUAAGUCGGACUUGCUGGUGCCGCCACGAUCCAGUGGACGCGGUGUUCACUUGGAGGUGGUCGUUAAGCGAGGCAGUUUCUCGCAGGCCACGUUCGUAGUGGUGGUGACGGACGGUGGUGCUGGAUCUCCGACGUCUACAUCUUCGAGGCUGUCGAACGCUGGGUCAACGGUCUCUUCCUCUGCAAGGGAUGCGGUCACAGGUGCUGGCACGGCAGGCUGGCAAACGUUCAGUCUUCACGCGCAGGUAGCGGGCGUGAUCGUGACGGUCACCGAUAAGAAGCACGGCGGGGCAUUGGAGGACUCUAAGAGCUUGUUCGCUGGUGGGCCUGAGGGCGAGAGUGAACCUGUGGCUCGUGCGACGUUCACGCGCAUCGGUGUGGAGGCAUCAUGGUCACCACAGGCCACUGCUGCUAAGCUGAACUUGAUGGGGCUAAAGGUUGAGGACUUGCUCCCACAGACCAGGAACCGCGUCGUACUGAGACCUCUGUUGCACGGAGACAGUGCGUCAGCGAAGGCGACCAUGGACAAGUACUUCCUGGAGCUGACGUAUCUGGAGCGACCUCACGCGAAGUACACGUGGGUGGAGCGCGUGCACCUGGAGUUGCAGAACAUCAAGGUCUCGACCUCAAUGAGUUUCGUUGACAGGCUCAUCCAGCUCCAGAAGGAGACGAUCGCACAUUUCCAGCACAAGUCGCUCGUCUCGGCCUUCCCUAGUGAAGACGAUAUCAACGAUGAGGAUGACGAAGACGGGGACUUGCUGGCCUACUUUGUUCCUCAGACAGAGGACGGGGACGAGGGUGUCAGUGCUGCGGAUAUGGCAGCUAUGACUGGCCGGAAGCUUUACAUUGCGUCGGGUGAGAUCUCGCCUGUGCGUGUGGUGGUGAGCUUCACCCGCGACAAGAGCGACUCGAGCCAGCGCAACAACGAGGGGUUCUGGCUGUCGAACCUCAAGCUCAAGAUCGACAACGCGUGCGUGACGCUGGAGGGCUACCGACUAUCGCACGCGCUGGCCACACAGGAGUCUCUGACUGCGGCGAUUGUUCGCUUCUAUGAGCAGUCGGUUAAAUCCCAGGCGCUUGGUCUGAUCGAGUCGAUCGAGGUCACGUCGCUCGUGACGAGCAUGGUGGCAGGUGGGGUGACGUCGCUGGUGUCCACUCUGCGUGGUAAAGCUGACCCGGCCGCGGCUGCUGGUGCUAUGGCUCCUGGAAUGCUGACAUCCAGCUCAUCAAGUAGCGACGGCGACAGUUCUCAAGGUGUGCCCUUCCGCUACGAGCACAUGUCGAACGGCGAGAUCCUGCGCAAGCAUUCGAAGGCGCUGGGCGAGUGCCGCAGCAGCGCAGAGUUCCUGCGGCAAGUGCGACACCUCGUCUACGACUGGGAUGCCAACCACACGGGACUCGAGGCGCGCGGCUGCGUCGCGCUUGCGUUGAUCAACAAUUCUCGGCACUCGUUAGUGGUGAACACGCAGCUGAACGACGGCGCGUCCCUGCGCGUUCUGCCGCUUGGAAGACGGCACCUUGCCAGCGUGUUGGACGCGCCUACUGACAGCGGGACUGCAUCAGCUGGAGGAGGGAGCGCCACAGCUUGGCGAGCAGACCGUGCCGUGGUGGUGUUCGCCUACGGCUACACGCCAACGCUGCUCACAUCAGGCGAUGUCUACUUCACAGUGCAGUCGAAUGCGUGCAGUGUGUACGCUACGCGCAAGACAGCGCGGCUCAGAGCUAAUCGGGGCUACACUGCUACAUUCACGCUGCAGGAAACCCAGAGCUGGUGGUCGGCGAACGUGGUCAUCAUCGGUGACGACUUGCAGGCUGGUGAUAACUCCACGACUGCGUCCGAUUCGGACUCGCUGUUCGGCGAGACGCCGGCACUGAUGGAUCAAGAUACUGAAGCAGCAGACGACGAGGACGAUGAGUUCGAGGUCGAGUUCUCGGGCGCAGCGCUGGGGUUAGUCGCCAAGCAGAGUGGCCGGCUAGUGAUUGUGCGCGAGUGCGUGCCGUCAAGUGCAGCUCAAGCUUCCGGCCGGAUCGCUCCUGGUGACUGCAUUCUCGCCGUGAACGGCGAUGGAUCUAUCACACGACUGCCAGCAAGAUUCAAGCGUCCAUGGCAGAGCAACAAGAAGGAAGAGGCCAAGCAUGCGGCGUCAGCUCCAGCCGCGGCAGUGCAAAACAAACUCGCAGAGUUGCGUUCAAAGCGCGUGAUGGAAUUUUUCCAAGCCAAAGCGAGACAACGUGCCGGCGCCCGAUCACUUGCUUCAGUUGUAGGCAGCAGCGGUGACGCUGUGAUGGCUCUCCUGCGGUCACUGCGUCAUCUCGCUGCUGGCUUCUUCAAGCGCAAGACUCAGAAUUUAACUGCGUUGAUCGGCCGAGAAGCUGAAGGCGCCGCGCUGCUUUCUCGUGAGCUGGUUGGCCGGAUCAUGGACGAGCAGCCUCCGAUUCUAGCUCUGAAGUUCGUCGCAAUGCGAGAGCGUGAGCGUCGCGCGAAGAAUGCUCGAGUGAUACAGCGACUGUGGAGGCGAGUGAAGCGCAACGAGCAAGCAAGUGCCGAUGCAAAGGUGCGUAUCCUGAAUAUGCUGACCAGCAUGCCGUCGCGUCUUCGCCAGCAGCAAGAGACUCAGCAGCAGACUAUCAAGAUUGUGCAUGACGUCAGUUCCAGCGCUACAAGGCUAUUCAUCCACCGCGCGGCGCAGCGUUUGGCAGCUCGACUGAUCCAGCGCGUGUGGCGUGGCCAUUGCGCCCGUAAGAGGGCUCGUCGGCUGCGAGAGUGGAGGUUGAGAAAGUUUCUGCGUAGAAGACAGCGCGAUCGUCUUCGAGAUGCGCGCACGGCCUUGUUGAUGCCGUCUGAAGUGGAGCAGAGGUACAGGAAGGAGCUCGAAACGCGAACGCUCGCUCGACAGCAAGAAACGCCACUGCUGCCGUGCGUCCCAUUCAGCCGCUUCGAGAAGAUCAUCGCUCAAGACGCGCGCGUGAAUCUGCGUAACGUGUGGGUGGCCAUCCCUGUUGGGCAUCACGAGCAACAAGAGGAGACAAGCUCAAGACACGGAGGCUUGAGCCCGCUGUUGGUGGGGAAGGGCCGUAAAAAGAGAAGCAAGGGCGGCCUGCGCACAACCUACGACUGGGUGCCAGCGGAUUUACUACAGAGUCAAGAGGAGAGGGAGGUGGCUCGAGUUCGUCGGCGACAACGAGCUACAAGUCCGUCAGUGGCCAAGAACAUCCUGGAGUUUUAA